AUGUUUUAUUUGGAUUCACAACGAACGACUACUCGUCGUGAUAGUUCGUUGAUUACUAAUAGAAAAAAUAAAGAUUUCGAUGAUAUUUCUUUAUAUUUAGGACAACCCCCUUGCCUUUAUAACAUCGAAUCAUCUACGUCUGUGGUCCCUGCUCGUCCCAAGGGAUCAGUACAAAAGGAACUGGUAACGUUAAUGUUUGAAUCUAUGUUGGACAGUAUAGUUGAAUCCUGGGAAACUAUUAUGCCAGAAAAACAAGAAGAAAGUUACUUAAACUUGGAUAUUAGCAAGGUUCCAAGUGAAACGUUCACUUUAUCAACUGGUAAAAAGAAGAAAGCUUCGGCAAAACCGUCAAAAACAAAACGAAGCCGAUCCAAACUCACAUUAACAGAUACUGUGCAGGAUUCUCAAAUAAUAUGGUGGUCGGCCCCGGACGAAAAAGCUGUAAUACGCUUUCGUAAUGGUAACGUGUACGAAGGAAAUAUCUCAAUGAAAUGCAUGCAUGGUGAAGGCCGUCUUCAGUGGGCAGAUGGAACUGUAUAUUUAGGACAUUUUAAAGACAAUGAAAUUUGUGGCAAAGGUUUUAUUCAGUGGAAAGACGACACGUGGUAUGAGGGCGAGUUCAUGGGCAAUCUGAGACAUGGCCAAGGCCUUUACGUAAAUUCACGUCUUCAAAGGUCCUAUACAGGAGGAUGGAAUCGCGGUACCAAACAUGGAGAAGGAGCUAUAUACUAUUCUAAAGACUUCAAAAAUUCAUAUGACGGUGGAUGGUUGCAGAAUGAACGCUUUGGAUAUGGAUCGCGAGAAUACUGUACUUCAAGUGGAUACAAAGGUGAAUGGGAGAGAAAUAUAAGAGAAGGCAAAGGGUUAAUGAUAUGGCCCAAUGACGACUUUUACCGCGGUGAAUGGAAAAAUGGAGUUAUGUCUGGUCACGGUAUCUAUAUAUGGGAAGCAAAUUAUAAUAACACGAUGUCGGUGCCGUCUUUAAAGGCUUAUCAAGGCUAUUGGGAGAAAGGACAACGAAAUGGUCAAGGGGUUUUAAGCCUCGGGUUAGGUUGGGGCUCAUAUUACAAAGGAGAUUUUGUAAACAACAUGAAAUCCGGUACAGGAAAAUUUGUCACUAACAAUGGUCUCAUUUUGCAAGGAAAAAAAAUGUUUGUUGACGAUAAUCUUUCUUCUAUGUCAUCAAAUGACUCUUUUUAUACAGAAAAUUCAAAGGGUCCUGUAGAACCUCAUCAAUUUGAUAUAUGUGACAGUUCUGUAGGCCUUUCUUACCAUGUAGAGCAAGCUCUUAGGAACUUUGAUAAGCAACAAGAAAUAAUAUCAAGUAUAGUUGCUGAUUAUAUCGAAAAUAACAAAAUUGGUAGAAAUAAAGAUGUAUCCACUCAAGCUCGCGUUGCUUUCGUUAAAGACGAACACCGUGAAAAAGAACAUGAAGAACUUGAGUUUUUCCAAGAUCUUAUGGUAUUCGAGGAGGAUGCGUUACGCAAAUCGUUAAGGUGUUACGAGACUGACUUGAAGAAUAUCUAUUACAAGUAUGCCACGAUAUGUAACGUUGAAGAAAUUCAUUUUACUCCUAUCAUGACGCGAUUAUACUUAUGGCAAUUGUAUUAUGAUUGUCAUAUACACGAAAAAGGAUUGACACUAUGUGACAUCGAUAGUAUGUUUUAUCAGAAUCCUGCAUGGCUAGCAAGGAAUCCGCAUGAUCCAUUUGAGAAAAUAUACUUUUGGCAAUUUGUACAUAGCCUUAUUUCAGUUGCAAGCAAAUUAUACGCCAAACGAACGUUACCUGGUCCAAAGCCAGAUACAGUCUUAGCAUGUGCAUUUAGAUAUUUCAUGGAGCAAGAUAUCCUACCAGGUUGCAAACAACAUAGAGGGCGGUUGGUAAAUGGUUUUGGCACAUUUGUACCCUUAAAAGCGGCAUAUACGUUAUAUCGAGCUUUAGGAGAGCCACAUACUGUUCGCCAAUUUCUGAGGGCAGUACGUAAAGCCCCACACAUUAAUUACCUUUCCCAACCACCCAUAACCUAUCCGCCUGAUGAAUACCUUCCGUUGGGUCGCAAUCUGUAUAUUUUUGGAGAUGAAAUGAGUUUUAUUGUUGUUGAGAAAUUAUCAAUACGAGUUCACCAAAAAAUAUUACUGUGUACCCUUGACUGUUCCCCUGGUGGUGCCGUGGAAGAGAAGAUAAAUUUUAGCCGCUGUACCCCUGGCCUCGCAACCUGA